AUGGUUGGGUCCACAAGUGGCAGCAGCAUGAGCCAUGACAGUUGUGGUCACACACGUAGCGCGAAGAUGGUGCGGAUGCGUGAGUUGAACGCAAGUGGUCGCACACGCCGCGCCUGUCCAAGUGCUCCGCAGCGUCGCCGUUGGGGGCAGACUCCUUUCAGCGUAGACACGACGAUUGCCAAUCAAAGUGUUUCGCUCAGUGCAUCAGCGUCGGAUGCAUCUGCACGCCGCCCCUCCUAUCCCACCACCACCUCCGUGUCUCCACUCGUCCGCAGUGAUGUCAUGCGCCGCCCUAGGGCUGCCGUCGUGCGUGCACCCGCGUCAGAGGGCCAACUCGAAGGUCGAAGUCUCAUUGAUCCCUCGGCAUUGCAACCAGAGUCGUUUGAGCCCACUUCACACACCGUCGACGACGCACAUAUGGUGACCAGCAAAGGCGCGAGCACAGAGGAGGUGUCGUGCGACGCGGCGGCCCGUGGUCAGCACUCGGCUUCUGCGUCUCCUGUUGUGCAGAUUCAGGCGGCGGCGACGUCUCGGGCCGCCACGGUGCCGGUCGAAGCAGAAGCGAGGACAUACCACGUGAAUGAGCCAGAUGGGGUGGAGCAUGGAGAAGGCGAGUCGACUCACACACAUCUGCGGGAGCCUUGGAUGCCUUCGUCAACCCUCCGUCCCCUAGCAGCAGCGGCACCGCUGCCGCCGGUCGCCCCACCCCCACCACCCACCCUCCCCAUCACUUCCCACUCUUCCGUGCCAUCGCCUUCAGGACUAGUGGUCCUGCCGCAGUGUCUGCUUGAAGACGGCAACGCCGCUUCCCGAGAGCCGCCAUUGUCGUCGUCGUCGCCAUCACCGUCACGCUUGCGGCAAAUGCCUCAGGCUACACCAGUGCGAGGUCCCAGUGGGCACCAGGUUGCUGAAGCCGUCCAAGACACCGGUGACUCUUCUCCGUCGAUCGCGGUAUGUGCAUAUGGCACUCCAUCAGCGCUCACCACGCCAGUGUCUACCGUCGCUGCAGAACAGGGUGGCCGACGAACAUGGGAGGGGGGUGCACGCAGGGCAGCAUCUACGUCCGGUGGCGUUGUGGGAGAAAGGGAUGACAGCCACCCAACGGCAAAAUCCAACGCUCCUCCCCCGGCCCAAGACUCGCUAGACUGCGCCAACGGUGGCCGCCUCGUCAACUCCACAGUAGCUGACGUGAGCGCUGUAUCGCCCACAAGACGCGACGAGCGGCGGCGCAGGGUCGCAGAUGCGCAGCAGUCGCGUCCCUCAGCGUUCUCUUCCUCUCUGUCCCCGCCGUCUAUCGUGAGCAGCUCUUGCAGCAUCGCGCGUAUUCUGCAGCUGCAGGCGCAGGAGGGCUGGAAGGACGGGCUGCGUGCUGCUCUUCAGCAAGACGCGGAGGUGUGGGUGCGGCAAGUGUGCGAGGAGCAGCGACUCCUGCAAGCGCAGUUGAGCGUCGCGCAGGCCAGAGCAGCAGCGCUGGCAAAAUACUUGCAGGCGUUUCAUGACCGUGGAUCGUCUCCGGCGUCUGCUCUCCUGUGUGAGUCACAACCUGCCGAUAGCGCGGGCGUGGCGGUUAGCGGCGCUGCAGAGAAGUGCUGCCGGGAGCACGCCGCUGCGGAACGACCGUGUGGUGACGAGAUAAGCGGCAAAGCACGCCUUUCUCAUCUCGCUGAAUCGAGCCCAGAGAGGCCUGCGGCACCGGAGGGCGACGACAGAGGUGCGUACACGAGCUCUGCUGCUGAUGACGACACGACUGCCGCGUUUGGCACCACCUACACGUGUGAGCUGGAGGCUUAUGCUCAUCUUCUGGAGCAGCACACGCACGCGCUGCACUCGGAAAAGUACCAGCUACAGCUGCGGCUUGAUAGGCGAACCAGUCAGCUCGCCUCAUCCCAGGAGCGCUACCUGCAGCGCUACGCCAGACUUCUGCAGGAGCAGUCAAUGCUCGAGCGCGACUAUCGCAAAGCCGCGGAGGACGUGGAGCAGCUUGUGGGAAUGGUGGUGGUGGCUCGCGCCGCCGAACGCGCUGCCAUGCGGAGAGUGGAGGAGUUCGAAUGGGCACUGGAGGAGUCAGAGCUGCGUAUCGAGGCGCUAGCGGCCGCACGGCACCGGCGGGCGACGGAGAACGGCGGUGGCGACAUCAAAGGGGGCACCGGCAGCAUCAAGUCCGUCUCUGACCCCAUCGCUGUUGGGUCGGAUGGCAACGAGAGCCUGGAUUGCCCGUCCGGCUACGCCUCCGCCCCACCACCAAGCAGCGCCUUUGCGUCGUUUACGGAGCACAACGAGACCGACAGGAGUACCAUGGUAAUCGAUGCGCUCGCUGCGGCGUCUGGCAGGACUUCGGUGGAGCGUCACCGUAUGCUGGCAUGGGGUUCCAUGAGCGCGUCCUCCGCCAUGUACCCGCCUUUGUCGCCAGGCGCGUCGUCGCUAACUGCGGAGUCGACUUCGUGGACGCCUAUGCAGACUCAGAUGGCUGCUGUCGGACCUGAGUGCAGUGGCGAGGCCGAGUCCCCGUGGGGCUGCACUGUCUAUUCACUUUCCUCUGUGCCACUGUCUGCAGCGCCGUCCCCCAUGCGCACAGCAGCAGACGUGGAGAGAGGCGGUGCAGCGGGCGGCUGCUCUCCGGAGGUCUGCGUUGCUGCGAGGUUGGCGUCGCGCGAGGCGGGCAUACCUUCUCAGCCCCAACGCGCCCCCUCGCAGACCGUGACCGCCCCUCCCACAUUCACGUCGUUGCCCAUUGCAGACGCGGUAGCGAGUGCAGGCACGACGACCGUGGCCUCGCGCGGCCCAGCGUCUUCACACAGACCCAGUCAUGGAGACAGCAGUGACGGCGCCUCUGCCCUUACGGCACUCACAGUGGCACCUGUAUCUGCGGAGCACGCGAGGGUGCGAAAUGGUUCUCUCAGUGCAUCGACGAGCCUGGUGAGCGCCAACACUUCCGUUUGCGCCUCACGCAUCUCUACCACCGCAACAAUGCUAACGCCGCGCACGCUGGCGCGCCAGCGCCGCCAUGUUCAGAACCAGAUUAGGGAGCUCCGUGGUGGCGCGGCGGAGGGAGGGGACCACAGCACUGUCGACGAGCAUCAGCUGCUGCAGUUCCGCUGUACCCUCCUCGAGCUGGAGCUGCAGGCGAAGGAGACAGCGCACAAGGCGGAGAAGGAGGCGUGGGAGGCGGCGGUGCAUCACGCGGAGGGCGUUGCCGGUGCCAUGAGCGAGGUCGAGGCCCGUGUGAGGCAGGCCGCCGCUGCCUCGGAGAAGGCCGGGCACCUCUUGCAGGAAAUGACCCGACUAUGGAACCAUUCCCUUGCUCUAGAUGAGGACGACAUCAGUGACGAUGGUGGCGAGGCCGCAGUGCAUGCGGCGGGGCUCGUGGUGAUGCAUGAGGAGCAGACCUGCUACCCCCAGCGCUCUCGCGACGGGACCCCGCUGUACUGA